AUGGCCAAUGCUCGACAAUUUGCUAAAUGUGAAGAAGUUACAGAUGAUGAAUUAGAUUUUAUGAUGUGUGUAAUCAAACGCAAUAAUUACGAGUGUAUCUCACAAAACAAGACGAACGUUAGUGGUAAAUUGGAUUCGGGAAUAUUUGAUCCAGAAGCAGCAUAUUACCAUUUUAAAAUUAUAGACAGGUCAAAAAAUUUAUUAUAUGAUUUAACUGCUGAUGGUUUGACGGAAUGGAGCGUCGAGGUACCCGGAACAACUUCAUUCAAACAUGAUUUUGAUAAAUUACCAAUUGAUAAAAUUGUUGAGCAAUUUUUAGAAGUCAGUCAUAGUAAAAAGGGUACUAUUGGGAUGACUAUGAUUAAACCUAUUUAA